UCGGAGAGAUUUUCUCUCCGCCGAUCUGCGUCCAGUCACGGCGUCUCUGCGGCACACCGAGGCCGGGAAUAGUCCAACUGGAACCAUCCGACGCCUGGACGCCUGGAGUUUAACCGAAUAUAAACCCGCGGAUGGUUUUGUCUCCAGGCGGGGGACCUGGAAACCCGGGCCCGCAGUGGGAUCAGGGAGGAGGCCCCGACGCCCCCUUGUUCUGACCCAGAAAACAGCACCGACGGCCGGGCUGCCUGUCAACUAAAAGGCCGGCUAGCCACUGGCCACAGUGUAGCUCGCAGGGUGGCACCCGAGGAGCACGGUUAACGGGAUAGUUUUUAUCCACUGGGGGCUAUUUUUGUUCAUAUUAUCCAUCAGGAAGGAUUUAUCUGCGAUAAACAUUUUAAACAACGAUCUUCUGGAAAUAGGGGUCUGGCGGCUAGCUAGCUCCGGGCUAGCUGUCCCAGUUAGCUUCUCUCCCCGGCAACUAGGGAGCGGAGGCUCCGGAGCGCACACGGAGGAAUACAGGUGGGUCCUCGGUACUUUCUCAUCAUUUGACGGACCUCAGCGGAGACAUCGAUAAUGGCUGCCUUUUUCAAGGAAAUCGUCAGCAGAAAUAAAAGGAGAUACCAGGAGGACGGCUUCGACCUGGACCUGACCUAUAUUUAUCCAAACAUUAUAGCGAUGGGUUUCCCCGCUGAGCGUCUGGAAGGAGUCUACAGGAACAACAUUGACGAUGUCGUACGGUUUUUAGACUCAAAGCACAAGAAUCACUAUAAGAUCUACAAUCUAUGUGCGGAGCGACAUUACGACACAGCAAAGUUCAACUGUCGAGUUGCUCAGUAUCCAUUCGAGGACCACAACCCCCCUCAGCUGGAGCUGAUAAAGCCGUUCUGUGAGGACUUGGAUCAGUGGCUCAGCGAAGACGAGCAGCACGUCGCCGCCAUCCACUGCAAGGCAGGAAAAGGCCGCACUGGCGUCAUGAUCUGCGCCUACCUGCUGCACCGAGGCAAGUUUCAGGAGGCGCAGGAGGCUCUGGACUUCUACGGAGAGGUCCGCACCCGGGACAAGAAGGGUGUGACUAUCCCCAGUCAGCGGCGCUACGUCAUCUACUACAGCUUCCUGCUGAGGAACCAGCUGCUGUACAAACCUGUCGCUCUUCUCUUCCACAAGAUGCUGUUUGAAACAAUCCCCAUGUUCACUGGAGGAACCUGCAAUCCACAAUUUGUGGUUUACCAGCUGAAGGUAAAGAUCCAUACGUCUAACCCGACCCACACCCGACGGGAAGACAAAUUGAUGCUAUUUGAGUUCCCACAGCCACUUCCUGUCUGUGGAGACAUCAAGGUGGAGUUCUUCCACAAGCAGAACAAGAUGAUGAAGAAGGAAAAGAUGUUCCACUUUUGGGUCAACACCUUCUUCAUCCCUGGGCCGGAGGAGAACCUCGACAAACUGGAGAACGGCAGCGCUGGGACGCUGCGGGAACCGUCCGACAGAACGCACCAGAACCUAGGGAUGAUGAUGGGAGGAGAAACCAACGACAGAGACUACUUGGUUCUCACUCUGACUAAGAAUGACCUGGACAAGGCCAACAAAGACAAGGCAAACAGGAACUUCUCCCCGAACUUCAAGGUGAAACUGUAUUUUACCAAGACAGUUGAGGAAGGAGCUAACUGUGACGCGAGCAGCACGUCGGCCUCAGUGACACCGGACGUCAGCGACAAUGAACCGGAUCACUACCGCUACUCUGACACAACAGACUCGGACCCGGAGAACGAGCCCUUCGAAGAGGACCACCACAAUCAGAUCACAAAAGUCUGACACACACACACACUCUUACACACCUACAGAUAAAUAUGUGCACGCACACACACACACCCACCCAUGCACACACAUGCGCACAUACACACACAGAGUAUGUAUGUAUACAUAGUCAUGACAACGCCCCCCAAACUAAGACUAGCGCGUGGUUAGCUACCGGGGGAUAUAACCGAUGGACCAGAACUGAUCUGUGGACUCUGAAAUCAAAGAGCUCAGAUCAGUAUAUAAGCCCCCCCCCCUCCAAUAUUCUGCUCGAUGCACAGCUGGACAAUCACAUGAUGUGGCGGUCAGAGGUGAGGAGGGCGGGGAUAAACAUGUGGGCGGGGCCGGGCUGGGCAUACGGACGACGAAUGGACAAUAAGACAGAUGAAUGGACAGACAUGAGAUUUUAAAAAAUAAAGGAGUAAAACUUGAAUAUAAACAAACUGAAGGACAAGUAGACUUCUUUAGUGAGUACACCAAGAUGUUUGUUGGAUAAAUCCCCACAAUCCCCAUGUGUCCUUCCUUCCUUCAUGACCAGUUUUAGAAAAGUUUAUGCAGACCAAUCUUAAGUUUUUUCCAUCACUUCCCUCUUCAAUCUUUAGUUUUGUUAAGCUGUUUUGGAGAGUUGACUCUUCUCUCUGUGUCCUUGCAUCAAAAUUUUCAGCUGAAAUUUACAAGCAUUCUUUGGUAGAACUCAGAGCUCACUUUCUGACUGACAGUCUUCUUCUCUUGCGUGGAUCUGUGUAGGAUCUGUGUGUUUUUGAAGGCCAGCUGAGGAUGAUAUCUUUGAAUUUUGGAAAAAUUGAAUCUGUCCUUAUUUAUUGGUGUAAAAUUCAUAUUCUAUAAAUUUGCAGCAUGUUUGUCAAGAGAUCCCCGCUUGUAAAGUUCAACAGGCACAGAAGCUGAAUUUGGACCAUUGAGGGGAAAGUCAUUUUCAGGCUGAGGUCCGGACAAGCAGGUUAAAACUUGCUGAUGUGAAAAAAACACAACAGAGGUGCCAUUGGAUGUUAAUUGUUUCACACAGGUUGUUUUAAAAGUAGUAUAUUCAAACUAGUUUUCCUGAUUAUGUUCUCACCCAAGAAAAUAUAACCCUGGUCUUCACAAAUCCUCCUGACAAUGAAACUGGUCUGGAUCAGUAUCACUUUUGGAGGCAGUUUGGACGAGACUAAACCAGUUUGGACUGUCAGAGUAGGCCCAGACCAGGUUGAACUGGUUAGGGUUGUGUGUAGGCCAGUUUGUACCAAGUCAGUGUGAAUGGGUAAACCUGAGUUGGUUUGGAGAAGUUUGAGUAGUCUUAACUGUUGAAUACACAUUUAUUCUGGCUUUCCUUUAUCUUAAAAAUCUUCUGAGGGUUCACCCUGAUAAUUUUUUGUGUUCUUGACAUUGGAAACUCCUACCAAAGAACUUGUGAGCCCUCCAAACUUUUAGAAUCUUUUUAUCAGUCUUGGCCCUUGUUUGGACCAAGCUGGAUCAGUCUCAUUGCCGGCCUUUACCAAAUGUGGGCCAGUUUUAGCUGGUCUGGACCGGCUUUGAGACGAAGCAGCACACAGAGACAAGUGACAGCCCGUUGUUUGAAUGUGACAAUGGAGAGGAGAAACUUGGAGUAUUCAUAAUCUUCUGCAAUUCUGUCAAUCAUCUACUGUUGAAACACACCUACAGUACAAACCUACUGUGAACAAAUGCUAUUACUACUUUUCUGUCAGUCUCUCUGUCUGUCUGUCUCUGUCAGUUUUGCACAGAAGGAUUCUCUUCAGCCCUUCAUUUAGCUCCUACAGUAACAGAAACCUUAUGUUCGUUAUACUCUGACUUAUAUCACACAUUAAGCUAAACAACAGACAAGCUACACACAGUAUAACCAUUCCUUCAGCCGGCUCUAAACGCCUACGAAGGCUAACACGCCCAUACACAAACUAAAGCAGAAAUGGACGACUCCACAGCGCUUGGUUUUGAUGUGCCUGGGAUGCCAGGUGGGUGGGGUGUGCACUUUAUAAAGGACAGUUCGCUGAAUAUUAAUUGCUUUGUACGUAUAUUCAGGCAAACUCAGUCCAUCCAAGAAAGCCUGUUUGGCUGAUGUUGUGCUGAUUUUUGUGGAAAGACACAGUCCUUUUAUAAAACUGCCGUUUGUGAGGUUUUAGCUCACAGUUUCUCAACCUAGAGGUCAGGACCCAACAUGGAUUUGCGUAAUAUUUAAGAUGGAUAAAGUGAUGUUUGCUUGAUAGAGUUUUAGUAAAGGUAUAUGGUAAGGAUCACUGUCUGGUCCAUUUGGAGCUCACCCUUUGCUCUCAUGAGUAAUGAGAUCACCCGCCAGAAGUUGUUGAGAAACUCUACCAAUGUGCCAGAAGUUUGUUUGAGCAUGUUCUUAAAUCAGCACCACAGCUGCUGACCAAACGGCUUCCAGCAGGUUUCGUGACCACAGUCGGUCUCGAGAGUCAUGAGCUCAGCAUCAGUGUGUCUUAAAUUUCUGACAUUUCAGAAAGGGUGAGGCUAUAUAACUAUUACUCUGUCCAUAGAAUAUUAAUCAUUUUACUCAUUACUACUUGGAGUCAUUUAAGCACUUCGAUUGUUGCAAACUUAAAGUUUUAGGAUCACAUUAGCAUUACAGCAGGUUCAGGACUAUUAUGUCUUGAAUUUACAGAAACAAAUACAUAUUAGGGAUGCUCCAAUUUGUCUUUUUACAUCAUAAGAUUAACGAUAAUGAUGGCAUUCAAGCAAAUGGCUCCAAAACUAAAUCCCAGUUGGUUUGUGUUCUUUCUUAUUGGAUGUUGGGGUUUGCCCUUUCAUGCAACAAGAUAAAAGAGAAUUUUAAAACCUUUUUCUAAGUAAACAGGCUUUUGGACUAUUGUGUGGAUGUACCUUCCUACGUCCACACAGUAAGCUACCUCCUGUUCGGCCGUGCAAAAACUACCAUGAUUGGACUUAAAAUGGCUGGGCCGUGAAGUAUUUCAAGCGUGUGCAGUCAGACAUUGGCAGUAAAAGCACUGUUUGAAGGUUUUGUUUACAUCACCCAAGUUACAGUCAGCUUUUCCAAUCAAGAAACCUAGAAAAUACCUAUGAAGUCAUGUGUACUGAAUAGCAGCCAACUUGCUUAGAAUGCAUUGGAUUGAUUGGAGCACCCCUAAUGAUCAUCUAAAGAAACAUCUGCCUCUAGAUAAAGUGUGGGUAGAAGUUUAAGUCCUGAUGUCUGAUUUCCGUCCUAACAUUUGGUGCUACUACACUGGCUCUGUGUUGGUCCUGUAGGUAUUGAUUGUUCAGGUUGGAAUGGUAUCUAAACUGCAUUUGGUUGCAGUUCCUCUUUUCAACCCUGUAGGACUUGUCAAGAGUCUGAUCACAAUGGAUGUACUCUGGAGAUUUGAAAGCACAAGAUCCUCCAUGAUGCUUUCAUUCUGAGAAGCUGCAAGGGAAGAAGCACUGACAUAGUCUGUGUUAGACCCACCAGAAGAUGCUUAGACACAAGGCAUCUUACACUACCCACCCAACCUUAAAUUCCAUCUUUACAUCAGAUCAGAGUCCAAGAGUCAACGACAAACGGUAGGACACUGAAAGGCCGUGAGGAUCAUGAUGUCCCAGAUGUGUCAAAGAACAGGGUUGACCCCAACAGAACAGGAGACCAAGAGUCUACUCUGGGAUUAAUCUCAAUGUCCAGAGGGCUCUUGUUCAUUCGUAGUAUUUACAUUCCAAGUUUGAAGCUGUUUACUGAGCUUGUCUUGGUGAAGGUGAACAGGAACAACAAUCACAGAGCUAACAGUGAAAGACUUGCUUCAACUUUCAUCUGAUUGGAAAGGAAAGAAAUUGCCUCAGAGGCCUAAGGUGUUUUUCCGCUUGAAAACCCUGUACUUUUUCACAGUGAGGUAUCCUGGUUCCAGACCUCUGAAUUGCUGUAGAGCCACUCUGCAUUUUUUUGGCAGGAUUAAGAAUGGGAAUGCCAUCUUCCUGUGCCAGGACCAGCAAAUUGUCAAGUAUAAACUCAAGCAGAACAGAUGUUCCCAGUUUUCUGUGUUGAAUGAAGAGAAACAAAAUCGACAUUCUUACAUUCUAUCAAAUCAUGAAGACAUGGAUCACAAAAAUAGGACUCAAAACUCCUUGAAGUCAAUGGAACAAUUGGAAAAAGGUGCCUGCCACUGAUAAAACUGCAUCCUGUGUGAUCAAAUCUAAUGGUGUAGCACUCAGGCUCAAUGAAAGCCUCUUGUAGCUUUGUGCUAACAGCUAAUCUGUGCUUUGAACAGCCAUUGUCACACCUGCAGUUCAUCUUGUUGGGUGCUAAGCUAAGCUAAGCUAGGCAGGGCUGAUGCUGAGCCUGUUGUCCAUCUGUGGUGCUCUCUACCAGCCACAAGUGUCCACUCUUGAUCUGUGACACCCAAGCAGCUCUGUUGUCAGUGUGGCGAUCGAACCACAGGCUCUGUUUGUGUAGCCGCUGGCAUUUUACAACAACAACACACUUCCUGUCUUGAGUCUUGUUAGGUGCUGUCAGGCCUAGCCUCACUUCCUGUCAUCAACCCGUUCAGCCAUGACGUGUGUGUAGACUUUUUCACCCAGAAAACAAAACUAACUACUGCAAACUGGUGUGGACUACAGAAACAGAGCCAGCAAACCUGGUUUAAAUUUUCCACAGUAUCACAAUUUGUUAGGUGCAAUAAUGCAAUAAUCAUUAAGGCUUUUUGUACAUUUGUACAUUUUCUUUCAGGAUACUGUUGGAGAUACAAUCAUCUGUCCCUUGCUGGAAAUUUUGCUUCAAAAUGUUAUUACGUACAUGUCCAAUCAGCGUUGAUGGUAAAUGUAGUUAAUUGAAGCAAUAAAUCAGUGUGCGCUAUAUUGACCGAGAAAGCUGAGUUGUCCUGCUCACAAGCCGUGCCGACAGUGCCUACAUGUACCAGGGCGCAGUGCCUGCUAGCUUCUGACGCUAAUAAAAAGUUACACAGCGUUGCCAAGCAAAGGAAUUUGUGCAUUUGACCGUUUCUGUUUUGCAUGUACAAGUAAAUUUAUAUACAGCAGCAACAAAACACAUGCAUACAUAGCUAGCGCUAUCUGACCUAGCGCUGCAGUGUAAAGUUGCACAAAAGCAACAUAAAUUACAUUUACCAGUAUCCAACCUACUACACUCAUUAUUUUGUCGGCUUAACUUUCACACAGGUCCUCUUGACUCAGUAUCACAACAUUGGUUCAACAUUACCCCUGCCAGUUGUGGCGCUAGCCACGUUAGCCGUCGUUGGCUCAAAUAAAUUGGCUGAAUAUCCGAGUCAGCAAAAAUGCUGUAAAAUGUAUCCUCAUCCGUGAUAUCCUGUGAACUCGUACUUGCAUUCACACUGUUGGAAACAUAGCUAUUUGCCCUGCAUGCAUAGAGCAGCAGCUCGCCCCCUGCCUACCCAGAGGCGGAGAGUAGAAAUCCAAGCUCAAAUGUCUCGUGGUUCUUCCUUGACACACACUACGUCACUGCAUGUGUCAAAUGACGGCACUGGUGCCAGAAGAACAACAAUUUUUACAGUAAGAAAAUGUGGCUUUGUCAGUCAAUAAAGCACUGUGGAAUUUAUUGCUUCAGUUGACCUUUAAAGCAAAAUUUGCCUUGAGUGAGGCUGAUUAUAAAGUUCCAUGGUGUGGGUAACUUUAGAAUGUUAAAAAAAUAAUAAUACAGCCACGUAUCCUGCACAUACCGGUUUGCACUGAAUGGGUUUUGGGCAUUUGAGGCCAGGCAGGUGCUUUCCACAUCUCACACUGUUUCAGGUGCUUGACAUUUUUUUUCUUUCGACCAUUUCAUAGUUGUUGGUUGCAGGCAACACAUCCUAGUUCAGCUGUGUCAAAUUCAUCUGGGAGAUCUGGACAGAAAUUGUCAUGUGCAAGUUAACAGAACCAUGUUGCUUCAUAAAGAGGAUUUUCUCCUUAACUCACAUUUAAAUUUGGCAUCAGACAUUUCCUGUAUCUGAAAUUGUUCAACGUUUUUAAACAAAACUUCCAUGAGAUGUUCAGGCUUCCUGCACAGAUCCAGAAAGCCAGAGAGAAAACAGAAAGAGACCUGAAGGCUUUUGUGCUUAUGGAUCUGCACAGAAAAGAGACGGCUACAGAAAUGUGGUGCAGGGAAUCAGUAACAUGUUGAUAUAAAAUCCUGAACAUUAACAUGUCGACGUCCUUGAGUUCAAUGUUAAAGACCAGUGGCUUCAAGGUUGCCAUUAGCAGUGAAAUCAGCCACGUCGCCGCUGAAGUUAAUCACAUCUGGACAUCUGAUCUGGAAUCUGUGAAGGAACCUUGAACUUGGUUUUGGCGUUUUCUGCCUCAUAGAUACCACUCUGAAUGAACUUUGAACCUUAAACAAUCACAAUUAACAGUUUUAUACACGGAAGAAUUCACUCAAACUCCUGGAAUUCCUUCAGCGAGACAGCUUGUUAGUUUGUCUGUUUUAGCUAACCAGACGGCACUUCAGCUCCUUGUGUUUACAUCACCGAACCUGCCAAAAUGAAGCUCAGACUCUGAUGUUUUAUUUUUUACAUGUUUCGUUUGUUGGUUGGUUAGUUCGGAGUUGACAUGGUAGACAUGCGUAGUCUAUGUUAACGUUCUCUCUUCGUUUUGCCUUAAGGUGCGGUCACAUUAACCCUCUGUUCAACGUAGCUGCCCUGCGCUCAGACUCAUAAAAGGCUGUGAUGCCAGGGUAGUCUGGCAGUGUCAUAUUGUACAAAAACAUCACUUAAAUAAUGGAGCGUGCAUUUCAAAACCCAACCAGUGUUUCUAUUGGCUGACCAUGCAAAUUCAUAGGUGGAAGGUGAACUCUCACCUGCGAGCCCGCCAGAGACGGCUGAAGAUCGCGCCAUAACAGGAAAUCAGUUCCUGAAUUUGAAGUGAAUGAGAGACGGAGCAAGUAUUCUCAGGACUGAGUCGUCAUGUGACCGUAUCUUUUGCUUAAAGCCAACAACAGUUUUCUGCUCCUUGAAGGCUCGUCCGCGUGUCAGAGUCGUGUACAUCAGCCACGUCUGUCGCUUUCUGUGACACCUGUUCAGCAAAGAGACACGUUACAGCAGCUGGAUUGGCUCUAUAAUGACAGGUGUGGAAAAACAUUCAGCCCAUCCAGAGUGCUAAUCAUUUCAAAAGGAUCAACACUUAACCGUUCUGUAAGCCCCGCCCCCCUUGGUUACCGUUGCUAACCUGUUGGUCUGUCUGUUCAUUAUCAGUAACAGAUUUAGUGUGAAAAUUCACGGUAAACCACGACACCUGAAGUCCUGACAGAUUUGGGUUUUGCACACAGCUCUGAUGCUCCGGAGUCGUUUCACCUGCAGAAGCUGAGUUUGAGCAGAGCAUUGUUGCGUCGUUCAGUUUCAGGUUUCAGCUCAGUGGUCCACAGUGUUUCUGUUCAUGAUAAUGAUUGUCGUGUUUUUAUUUGUCAGGUAUUGAUUUUGUAAUCAAACGAACAGAAAACUCACCGUAACUUCCGGCCUGUAUCACCACGGAUCACCCCUCCUCUUCCCCGCAGUUCUUUUAUUCUUUCCCUCCAUGUUUUAUAAUGAAAUAAAACACUGUAAAGGUGAAUAAACUAUUUAUAAACA